UAUUUUUGUUAUUUUCUAUGCAUGUUAGUGAUUUUAGAGAGCCGUUUGUAAACGGGACUUUUAUUUUGUUUUUGUGGUGUGACGUCAUUCGCCUGCGCUCCUGCAUCUGUUGUGAUUCGGAUGAAGACAGAUCCACAUGACGGAACUAUUAUAAAGAUGGAGUUUAUAAAAGAAGAGAGUAAAGACAUGAAGAUUGAAACAUUCAGAGUCAAACAUGAAGAUACUGAGACACAAACAAAGAUGGAGUUUAAUAAAGAGGAGACUGAAGAAACAUCCAGACUCAAACAUGAAGAUACUGAGGAACAAACAAAGAUUGAAUUUAAUAAUGAGGAGAGUGAAGAAACAUCCAGAGUCAAACACGAAGAUACUGAGGAACAAAUAGAUCUGGUCCCACUGAAAGAGGAGAUACAAGAACUGAAUGAAAUGGAAGAGAAGGAUCAGUGUGUGGAACAUAGUAGUUUCAUAUCUGGAACAAAACCCAUUAAGACUGCAAAGACCUCACGAAAAAGAGUCCAGAAGACCAAAUCUAACACCUGCCUUCAGUGUGACAAGAGUUUUAUACAUAAACAAUCUCUUCAGGCCCACAUGCGAAUUCACACUGGAGAAAAGCCUUUCGCCUGCCCUCAUUGUGGAAAGAAUUUCAGUCACAAAGGGAACCUUAUGAAUCAUAUGAGAAUUCACACUGGAGAGAAACCUUUUGCCUGCCAACAGUGUGGAAAGAGUUUCAGACAAAAAGGGAACCUUAUGAACCAUAUGAGAAUUCACACUGGAGAGAAACCUUUCGCCUGUCAACAGUGUGGAAAGAGCUUCAGACAAAAAUGGAACUAUAUAAAACACAUGAGAAUUCACACUGGAGAAAAGCCAUUCAUAUGUGAUCAGUGUGGAAAGAGUUUCGCACAUAAAGACACUCUGAGUGCUCACAUGAAAAAUCACUCAGGAGAGAACAGCUAUGUAUGUCAUCAGUGUGGAAAGAGCUUGAGUUAUAAAGUAAGCUUCAAGACUCACAUGAGAGUUCACACUGGAGAGAAGCCUUACACAUGCUCUCAGUGUGGAAAGAGUUUCGGAUAUAAACAAUCCCUUGAUGCCCACAUGAGAGUUCACACCGGAGAAAAACCUUACACAUGUCAACAGUGUGGAAAGAGCUUUUCACGAAAAGGAGACCUUAAGCUCCACUUGGUCGUUCACACUCGAGAGAAGGCUUUCACAUGUGAUCGGUGUGGAAAGAGUUUCGGACGUAAAGUAAACCUUAAUAAACACGUGAAGAUGCACUUAUGGAGAGAUUUAGUUUUAGAGUUUUAGAUGUUGUCUGUGUAGAAUAAUUUUCACUAACAGGAAAAACCUUAUGCAUCAUGUGAGAACCAGAAAGAAGUGUGCCAUCAUUAUCUAUAUUUACCAUAAUAAUUAAAUUUGUAAUCUACAAAACCGUCAUGUAAAGACAAAUUUUUAUUGCUGUGUACUGAUCAAAUUAAUUCAUGUCUACACCGCCCACAAUACAAAGUCUUUACUGUCGCAUUUCCAAAGACUGUGUAAAAUAGCACUGCUGGUGUUAUCUAAAUAUUGGCAAGAGUGUUAAAUUACUGUUAAAAUGUUAUUUUUUUAAAAUAAUCCAAACUGUUGUAAAUGACUGUAACUCCUCCAUGCCAUGCUCAUUACAUGUUUAAAAAAAAAAAGUUUUCCCUUACAAGGAGGUAAUGAUGAAUGAUCAAGUAAAAUUGCUUUUAUAUGGACUUGCUUCAUGAACACUGUGAGAGAAUUUAGAGUGAUUUUCAAGAGACUGGAAAAUGAAAAAAAUAAAGUCAUGGUAGAAAGUA